UGCUAAUAUAACUGUUUUAUCUUUAUUAUCUUUCUACACUUGAUCGUUAUGUAGGCUACUUGACUACUUUGAAUUUUUUUUUUUUUUUUUUUUAUUAAACAACACAUACAGGGGAUACAUAAAAAUAGAUUUUAAAACAAAAUAGAAGUAUAAGUAUAUAAACAAGCAAGCAAAUAAUUAUGUAACAGAAACAUCUAAAACAAUAAAUAAUUAAAUAUAAAAAAAAUUGUCAUUUUCAGGAAAUACACAGGAGUUAUUCGUUAAUUAUAAUUUUUCUCAGCAGUAGUGCAAAAAAAAAAAAAAGGAUUUAUGAAGCACCGUUCCCUCUAAUGCAAAUAGACACCUUUAGCUAAUAUUUAAUCUACCAUACUACUGUCAAUAACCUUACAGAUGCGAGAUAAAAGUUAAAUCCAAGCACAUCAGCCCCAAAUCUACGGCAAAGUAGCCUUUGCUAGUACUCAGAAAAAGUUUUCUUCUUCUUUCUUGUUUUACGGCGGUUCAGCUUAUGGGUGCAUUACCGCCAUCUUCUGCUCCGCCUGGUAAACAGACAUUACUAAAGAGUCCCGAUGAGACGGAUAAUGCAUACGUCUGUCUAAAAUUAAAUCAUGCUCUUCUAGAGGUCCUUUAAUUUGAUUAUAUAAUAGGCUAUAUGUCUAUUGUUGUAAUUAACAAUUCUAAUACCAGUAGCAAAAUCGAGUAACAUUUCCCUAAAGUUUACAGAAUGUGAUCUGUUGUCGAUUGAUUUUGUCUGCAGUCAGAACUCGCGGGAGGGUUGAGUGCGGCAAAAUAUUCCUCAAGUCUUGUCAGGUUAGAAACAAAACUCAAAACCAACUUUUGAGAAUAAAAUUUUCUCCUGGUUUACAGGAUGUCAGAGGAGAUUCUCCAUAACGAAGAUAAAGAGACACUGAGGAGACGACUGGAGCAGCUUAAGCGAGAGUAUGAGAGGACGGCACAGAGACUGCAGAGAGCAGAGCAUCAUGAUGCCACUUGCAGGCGUGUGCAGAACAGAGACUCUGACCGCAACAGAUUUACACAGAUUGACUUUGCACACACAUCUGAGCCGUCUAUUGCGACUUCUUCCGUCCCGGCCUCAGAAUAUUCUGAAAACCAUCAGAAUCUGCAAUUACGGACCAACAUAGUUGCAGAAACAAAUAGCUCUGUACAGAAAAUUUCUGCCAUAAAAUUGCAACACGCAGAGAUUGCAUCCACACCACCUUUGUACUCCCCUGAAUGCAGGCGAACCCCUGCCCAUCGCCUGCGCUCCAAGCGCAGUCGAUUGCGCCUACAGAACAAAGAGCGAGAAUCGGACACUGACAUCAGCCAAGAGAAAGAAAGAGAAGGAUGUGGAGACAAUAUUCGUGAAAGGGAGAAGGGUAGUGAAUGUAUUGAUAAAGAGAAAAGUCUGAAAGGAGUGAGAAAUGAAGCUAAGAAGGAAGAGAAGGACUGUGAAAAGAAAACAAGAACAAGAAAACAAGAACAAGAAAUUAAGAUGAUGCCAGCUAUAGGGGAGAAGAACCAGGAUAGCCCUAUAGGAGUAAGAACAGAUUGUAAAAUUACUAAAGCAUCACAAGAACUGGAGAAUGAUGGAAAAAGAGAGGGGCAUUGUGUAUUAAACUGCACUGUGAGCCAAUCAGAUAACAAACUGCCAGUGAUUUCAAGUGAAGAAAAUAAUUUAGAAAUUCAAAACAUUCACUGGAGCAAGAAAGAAGUUAACGUACCUCUGAUUGAUCUGCCUGUUGAGAAAAAAAUACAGUCGGGUUCAGCAGUGCCUAUUCAAACCUCAUCUUUCCCUCAGCCAUCUGAAGCAGUACAGAUUACUGACAAAUCAGAAGAGAUGCUUAAACAAACUAACCAGUCAAAUAAAGGUUAUGAUGACAGGAUAGACAUUAAACACUCCUCGUUUACAUCUGGCAUUCUGGACUCUUGCACGCUGGUUGAGGGUUUACCGUUUCCUGUGGAGUAUUAUAUUCGGACGACACGGCGCAUGGCUGCAUCUCACAGCUCUGUCGAUCUAGAUGCUGUCAUUUACAGCCAGCUCACUGGGGGGCGAGGCAGGCGUAGGCUCAGCCAAUCACAAAUGAGUGGUAGAGGUCACAUGACCCCAGAGCGUUCAGAAUCAGUCUCCAAGUCCACAGACCAGGCCAGAUGCAGAGGAAAAGGUCAGAGAGGGAGGAGAGGAAGAGGCCGUCGAAGAGGCACUGUAGGUAGAGCCUCAUGUGCCAAAGCUGCUCAAGAUUGUACAAUAUCACAUCCUGCAAGUGAUUCUCAAGCAGAUUCAGAGUCUCUUACAGAAUCAAAGUCUGACACUAAAUCACCCAACCAAUCAGAUUUGGUCCUUGAUCAGUCACAGGUAGAAUCUCAGCCAAUCCAUUCACCUGGUUCUACAGUGAGUUUGAAACCAAGCCCAGAGCAGGGAGUUACUCAAGAUUUUAAGCAUCUCCCAGAUUCUCAGCUUCACUUUGAUUCCCAACUUCUUGUGGAUUCUAAUUUGUACAAAGCCAGAUGCAGAGGAAAAGGUCAGAGAGGGAGGAGAGGCCGUCGAAGAGGCACUGUAGGUAGGGCCUCAUGUGCCAAAGCUGCCCUAGAUUGUACAGUAUCACAUCCUGCAAGUGAUUCUCAAGCAGAUUCAGAGUGUCUUAUGGAAUUGAAGUCUGACACUGAAUCACCUAGCCAAUCACAGUUGCUCCUCAAACAGCUACAGACAGAGUCUUGGCCAAUCCAGUCACCUGGGCCUGCAGCGAGUUUGAAAACAAGUCCAGAGCAAGGAGUUACUCAAGAUUUUAAGCAUCUUCCAGAUUCUCAGCUUCACUUUGAUUCCCAACUUCUCGUGGAUUCAGAUUUGUAUCAGACCAGAUUCAGAGGAAAAGGUCAGAGAGGGAGGAGAGGCCGUCAAAGAUGCACUAUAGGUAGGGCCUCAUGUGCCAAAGCUGCUCUAAAUUGUACAACAUCACAUGCUACAAGUGAUUCUCAAGCAGAUUCAGAGUCUCUCAUAGAAUCAAAGUUUGACACUGAAUCACCCAGCCAAUCACAAUCGGUUCUUGAACGGCCACAGACAGAGACUUGGCCAAUCCAGUCGCCUGGGUCUACAGUGAGUUUGAAGCCAAGUCUAGAGCAAGGAGUUACUCAGGAUUUUAAGCAUCUCCCAGAUUCUCAGCUUUUCUUUGAUUCUCAACUCCUCCCAGAUUCAAAUUUAUACCCUAUUUUCAGAAGAAAACAAGGACAAACUGGAAGAGAGUGUCAGAGUGUUUCUCAUAAAGAUGAUCAGUCACCUCUUCUGCCAUCAAUAGCUUCACUCAUUCAAGCUCUUCAAGAAAAGGAUACGAAAACUGUACUGCUGGCUGCUGUUGAUAUCCAGGAUUUCCACCUACCUGAUGAUGAUUUUGGACAACUGAAGCUCGAAAGAUUGCGCUUGUCAACUUCAGCAGUAGAACCUUUCGCACAGCGUCCCCUAGUGUACAACACACGGCAGAGCAGCAGGCGCCAGAGAGUGAGUGGGAGAAUAAGAAAUUGUGAAGUACGCUACUCAGAGGGUGAACUAUUUACUCGAGAACCCCCAACUACCUCUUCUCUUGAGGAUAGUUUACCUCUUUGUCAGUCAGACCCCACUGACCAAUCACAGACAGAGAUAAAGAAGGACCUCAAUGCUGUAAAUGAAAUAAAGACCAUCUCUUCAGAUCUGAUGGACAGCAGACAGUUUGGCCAAACUGAACCAGACAAAAGAAUAAGUAAUGAGACAAAAGUGGAAUCUUCUGAACCUGAAAACAUUAGUGAGCUUCACAUAAACCAGAUUCAAAAAGAAUCUCAAAUGCUCUCUGAGAACACCUCGCUUUGCCCUGUGAUACUGAACUUGAGUCCGUCUCUGACCCCACAAAUGCAGAAAGGUCAAGAUCCUCUUCUACCAUCUUUGGGAAUGUCCCCUCACUUUUUGAUUACAGGUUCACCCAUAGAACUCCGGUCACCUCUCUUUUCUUCGUCUGGUGUCCUUAGGUCUCCCUCUUCAGUCUCACUUAAGGGGUAUGUGUCUCCAGAAUCAGUCUCAGCUAAAACAUCAGGGAUCAUCAAAAAUUGUAUCUUUACUAAUAGUAGAGAUCAGGGAGGUUCUGAAACACAGAAUCAAAGUCAAAUUAGUCAAGAAACAAUGACAAAAGUUCAAAAUACUGUGAAAACAGGUACUCCAUCCCAAAACAACACUGCACUGGGAUAUGAAAAUUUAAACAGCCCAGAAAAGGAGUCCUCAUGCAUCUCAGAAAAUGAACAGGAACGUGAAUGCGGUUUCGAUACAAAAAGCAAUCUUGAAUGUAGAAAUAAAAUCAAUUGCACACCAGAAAAUGAAGUUCAACUUCUCAAUAUUCCUGACCCUGGGAGUUUUAAAAAUCUUUCUGAGUCUGAAGUCCAAACCCAGAACAAUUUUGAAAUGGAGGUUCAAACCAAUAAACACUCUGAGCUCGGUUCAGAAAUUCAAAGUAAUGCCGUUACAGAUGUGAAACAGUUUAAGUCUGGUAAUGUAGAUCAAACUCCUGUUGAGACAACAUCUUUGGACACUUCCACCAAAGGGAGAACAGAAACAAGGACAGGUUCCGACAAUAACACAACUCAAUCAGAGGAACGUAACACUGAUGCAUCCAACAAUCGGACAUUAUUACAUGAGGAAACCGUAACUGCCACAUCAUUCUCUGAUGCAGCUGGCUGUUCUGUAGUCCUGCAGGAGGUGCACACUUUUAAGGCACUGGAGGGCGGGUGCGUGUUGGACUUGUGUUUGGUGCGAUGGUCGUCGGAGGAUUGGUGCAUUUGUGUGGCAGGAGAAUGGAGCGUUUGUCUUUGGGCUCAGAUGAAGGGAGUUCAGUCUUGGAGUCUUUUACACACCUGGACUUUUGCACAGCCCGUCAUGUCUUUGCAAGUGAUUCCAGACUCUUUGGGCUUGCUUUGUGUGACUUUGGGUCACUUGGAAAUCACAGAAACAAGGGUGCUCUGCUGUCCAAGUAUGGAUGGGACGUUCUCUCAGAACGUGGUGUGCAAGGACACAUUGCAAGCAGUGGUGGGUGUGUCUAACAGUCGGCUUGUGUGUUGCUCCACCCCUGGAGAUCAACAAAGAGUCAAUGUGUUAACAGUGACUCAAGAGGGAAGGGUAGUGAACACUCUUCCCUUGGUGUCUGCUAAGCAGAACAUUCGGACCCUUGCAGUUGUAGAGGGCGAAAAAGAUGCUCUGAUUGGUUGGACAGAAUGUAAAAACCUCCUCAUAUGGAGCAUGAAAUCCGGCCAGCUGCUUCAGACUAUAUACCUGGAAAAGACUCUAACCAUGACAAACUGCAUGAAGGGAUAUUCUUACAGAGGUGUGCUGUGUGUGUUGCUUCAAAAUGCAGGAAAUAUGUGUGAUGAAGAGAGUAACGCAUCCCUUUUUACUCUGAUUGCCAUGAAUCCUCUCACUGGCAAACACAUCACACUGACCUCAAUCAACUACCCUGAUCAACACAAACAGCAGUUAAUAGAUGGUGAUGUCUUGGGCUCUGGGCUUGUUGCUGUUUUUCAGUCUGGUCAUGUUGUUGUUUGGGAUCUCGGAGGAAGCGUGGCUAAAGUCGUUGGCAUGCUGGAUGAGUUGUGUCGACUAGCUCGAUGGGCAGGGCCAAACACUCUGCUGACUGGAUAUCUAAAUGGGGAUGUUAGUGUGUUUCAUUAUAAAUCUACAUAAAUAGAUCACACAUCCCAGUUCAACAAAAUGUUUGUUAGUCACUUUAAUUAAAAGUUCUUUAACACCAUUGUUAAAUAAUACAACAUUUAAAAUCUUACACUCUUAAAAUCAUAAAAAAAAAAAAAAAAUUAUCAAGAUUACACAAGAUUUGGAAAUUUUUGUAAAGUUGUUAAAUCUCAAUACUGGCACAGCUAAUUGUUUCAGAGAAUUUGUGCUUUUUGUAUGUGAUAAGUAAAAAUAUUUUACAAAAUAAAAUAUAAUUCUGUGAA